AUGGCUAGGGUGACUGCAAAGACUGAUCUCAGGCACUACAGCAGCUCUAGAGGUCCCGGAAAAGUCUUCUCCUUUGAUCUCCUUGAUGGACAGGGUGGAGAAAUCCGUGCAACAUGCUUCAAUGCGCAGGCUGAUCAGUUUUUUGACCUCAUUGAGGUUGAUAAGGUGUACCUGAUAUCUAAUGGGUCGGUGAAACCAGCACUGAAGAAUUAUAACUCUUUGAAUCAUGAGUAUGAAAUAACUCUGGAUAACAAAACAUCAAUCGAAGUCUGCGUUGAUGAUGAUAGCAACAUCCCUAGGCAGGAGUAUAAUUUCCGGCAGAUAAGCGAAAUUGAGAACAUUGAGGCAGGUGUUAUUGUGGACUUGAUUGGAAUCGUUACAUCAGUUGGUCCUUCUGCCAUAGUGAUGCGAAAGGAUGGCACACAAGCCCAGAAAAGAACUCUUCAGCUGAAAGACAUGUCUGUUCGGAGCAUGGAGAUAAUCCUCUGGGGCAAAUUCUGUGAUGCAGAGGGACAUCAACUGCAGUUGCUGUGUGAUUCUGGUUCAAACCCUAUACUGUCUCUCAAAAGUGGUCGUGUUUGUGAUUUCAGUGGUAGAUCUGUGGUCACAAUCAGCUCAACUCAGUUAAAAGUAAACCCAGACUUUCCAGUGGCUAAAAGGCUGAAGCAGUGGUACGUAACUGAAGGAAAGAAUACCGCUUGCAUUUCUUUGUCUCAGGGAAUAUCAAACAUGAGCAGGAAUCAUGUGCUGAAAACAAUUGCACAGAUCAAGGAUGAGAACCUGGGGCGAUCAGACAAGCCUGACUUCAUCACUGUGAGGGCUGUACUCUCACAUGUGGGGGCUGAUAACUUCUGUUAUCAAGCUUGUACCUUGGAGCUUAAUGGUAAGCGAUGUUGUUCCUUUGAAUUUAAUGGUAAGCGAUGCUACAAAAAGCUGGUGAGAAAACCUAUAACGGUGAUAGAUGCAAUCAGAGCACUGAAAACUGUGAUAGAUGCAAUCAGAGCACUGAAAACUGUGAUAGAUGGUAUUGUGAUAGAUGCAAUCAGAGCACUGAAAACUGUGAGUACAGAACAAGGUGAGGAGAGAUUCAAAGAAUUCACAGAAAUCAUGCAGGCGAUCAUUUGGCGUGAAUACCUAUUCAAGCUGAAAGUUGAUGAGAAAACCUAUAACGGUGAGCAGCGUGUGAAAUGCACCAUCAUUGGUGUCGAGAAGCUGGAAGAGACCAACAACCUUUUGAAGGAUGUUUCACGCCCAAUUCUGAAGGAUGAUUUGUCCUACACCCCAAACACUGGCUCUGCCAAUUUGGAAGCUAGACAGAGCAAGCUAACCUCCAGCAAUGCUAACCUCCUCCUAGACAGAGCAAGCUACGGCUCUAGCAAUGUGGGUGCAACAGGCUUUGCACAGUCGAACUGGUUGUGA